GGCGGGGACGGGCGGGCUCCGGGCGGGACGGGGGACGGUCCGGGCGGCGGGGACGGCGGCGGGCUCUCGGCAUGGCGCAGUACGCGAGAGGCGCGGCCGCCGUGGCCGUCAUCCGGCUCCGCAACCCGCCGGUCAAUGCGCUGAGCUUGACAACUCUCCAGGCAUUAGAGGAUGGACUGAAGAGAGCAGAUGCAGAUCCUUCAGUGAAAGCUAUUAUGAUUUGUGGUGAAAAUGGGAAAUUCAGUGCAGGUGCUGACAUUCGAGGAUUUUCUGCUCCGAAGAGACAGGGUAUUGCCUUAGGCCCCAUUGUCUCUCUCAUAGAAAGGAGUGAGAAGCCUGUGGUGGCUGCCAUUGAAGGCAUUGCCUUGGGAGGAGGCCUGGAGGUGGCACUUGGCUGUCACUAUCGGAUUGCACAUGUGAAGGCACGGAUGGGUUUACCAGAGGUCACCAUUGGGUUACUUCCAGGUGCUGAAGGCACUCAGCGACUACCCAGACUGAUUGGGGUACCAGCUGCUCUGGAUCUAAUCACUACAGGACGACACAUUCCAGCAUUUGAAGCACUGAAGCUGGGCUUGGUUGAUGAAGUUGUGGAAGAAAACACAGCUGAGGCAGCAAUUCGCUUGGCAAACAAAGUGAUUGGCCAGCCAUUGGGACCCCGCAGGCUCAGCCUGAAGCCAGUUCCAAAACUGCCCAACAUGGAAGCAUUUCUCAGUGAGGCUCUUGUGAAGGUGAAGAAACAGGCCCACGGGUGUCUGGCUCCAGAGCUGUGCUUCCAGGCAGUCAAAGCCGCCACAGAAAAGCCCUUUGCAGAUGGAGUCCAGAAGGAGCGAGAGCUGUUUAACAUCCUGCUGACUUCAGGUCAGGCCCAGGCACUGCAGUAUGCUUUCUUCGCAGAGAGAGUGGUGCAGAAGUGGACAACACCCAGUGGAGCUUCAUGGAAAAGUUCUUCCCCUCAGCCCAUCCACAAAGCAGCUGUGAUAGGGCUGGGAACAAUGGGCCGAGGCAUUGUGACUUCUCUGGUUAAGGCCAACAUACCUGUGGUAGCCCUUGAGCAGAAUCUGGAGUAUCUGAACAUGGGAAGAAAAUCUGUGAUGCUCCUUUUGGAACAUGAGGCUAUGAAAAUGGAGCAGGGUGCCCAAACCCUGGGUUUCCAUAACCCUGCAUGCCUCCAGUUCACUGUGGACUUUGAACAUCUACGGGAUGUAGACCUAGUUAUUGAGGCUGUGUUUGAGAACAUGGCACUAAAGAAGGAAAUAUUCUACAAACUAUCAAGAAUCUGCAAGCCAGGGGCCUUUCUGUGUACAAACACGUCAGCCCUGAACAUUGAUGAAAUAGCUUCUGCCACGAGCCGCCCACAACAGGUCAUUGGCACACACUUCUUCUCCCCUGCUCAUGUCAUGAGGCUAUUAGAAAUAAUCUAUGGCCAUCACACAUCCCCCACCACCAUUGCCACUGCUAUGCAGCUAGCCAAAGCACUGCAAAAAGUUGGAGUGGUGGUAGGGAAUUGUUUGGGGUUUGUUGGGAACCGAAUGAUGUUUCCAUACAUUCAACAGGCAGUUUUCCUUUUAGAGGAAGGAAGCAGACCAGAAAUGGUAGAUCAGGUUCUUGAAGAUUUUGGGUUUAAGUUAGGACCUUUCCGAAUGUCUGAUCUUGCUGGGCUGGAUGUGGGCUGGAGGUCUCGAAAGGACCAGGGCCUCACCGGGGCCUCACUACCUCCAGGAACACCUGCCCGCCAGCGGCAUGGCCAUCGCUACAGCCCACUGCCAGAUCUUCUGUGUGAGAAUGGCAGGUUCGGCCAGAAAACUGGAAAAGGCUGGUAUCAGUACGAGAAGGUUGGGGGCAGGACAGCUAAGCCGGAUCCAUGGCUUCACAACCUCCUGGCCCAGUACAGAGACACCCAUCACAUCAAGACCCGCUUUAUAGACCAGGAGGAAAUCCUGGAGCGGUGUUUGUUUUCCCUCAUCAAUGAAGGGUUUGACAUCCUGGCUGAGGGAAUAGCAUCUGGCCCAGAACACCUGGAUGUAAUUUAUAUCAAUGGCUAUGGGUGGCCAAAGCACAGGGGUGGCCCCAUGUUCUAUGCUUCCACCAUUGGUCUCCCUCGCAUUCUGGCUAAUCUGCAGAAAUACUCUGAGGCCCAUGCUGAUGUUCCUGGGCUACAGCCCAGUGCCUUUCUGAAAAAGCUGGUAGCUAUGGGGAACCCUCCCCUCAAAGAGUGGAUGUCCUACGUAAGCCGGCAGUGCAACAAGCUGUGAUUUUGUUGAUGUCUGCUAUAUAAAUUCAAUGGAGGCUGAUCUCAUUAAAGAAGUGCUGUAACUGCGUUGUCUUUUCCAAUCAAAAGUGCUACAGGCUUGUAAACAAUAUCACUGACCUUCCUGGGUCUUUGCAGAGAAUAACUUUGGCCAAUGAUUGAUCUCAGUCUCCCUCUUACUGCAGGUAACCACUGCCGUUGCCCACCCUUCCCACCACCAGCCUUACCCACCUGCUUUUCACAUUGCUGUGUAAAGGCCCAUCUCAUUUUGAUCUGCCUUCAGGUCUUCACAACUCUACCUCUCUUCAAGCCUGUCUCUGUGGAAGGGAGGGAACAGCAUCCACAGCCCACAAAGUGAAUCAGGGUAGGAGGCAAGAGAGAGACGGUCACAAUUCAUCUGAGAUUAUCUGGAUCUACCAGAUCCUGCCCUAAUGCUAUUUCCCAGUUUGUUCAGGUCUUUCCUGUGCAGCCCACCUGCGCUGGGUUUCCUGGCUCUCCCAAAGACAACCAGCUAAACCAGCUAGAGCCUGCUCCUUCACACUGCUGGGGGAGAGAUGGCAAAAGGGGCACAGCACCAUUCAGAGGUGAAGUCAGAUGAAUUGGAGAGAGCAGGGCUGGGCAGAGAGCAAGGGGCAGGGCUGGUACCGUCCCUCCGCCCAGCUGCAGAGGAGAUUCUAACAAAUUACAGAAAAGCCACAAAGGCAUUGACCUGACUAACCUGCCCUGUGGUGUUGGCUCACAACUGGCCUUCUGCAUCCAGACUCCAUCCUCCAUUCUCCAUUAUCAUUAUCCUCAAUGGCUUUGUCCAAGCAGAAACAUCUUCUGGCAUCUCUUAAGUGUGGAUAUGUUUUGGCAUCACUCCCCCUAUCUUGCUUGCCUACAGCUACCAGGUCCUGGGGCUCAGCAUGCUCUAAUUGACCAGACAAGCAUGGCCUGGCAGUUACUGGGUGUUCACAUGGGCAGAGGGCACACUGAGAAGUACGCAGCUCAAGAGGUGUGUAGACAGGGACUUUGCUGCAGGAAUGUAGGGAGGUGGCAGAUCUCUAGCAGAGAGCAGAGGGAGAGUGAGCCAAACUUGCUCCAGACUUGAUGCUUUGGGACAAAGUCUCCCAUUUCUCGUGUCUAGUGAAUGUAUCUUCCAGUCCAAUGUGGGGAAUAGGUUGGUCUUGGUUCCCUUCUCAGGACAAUUAUCAUUGAACUUUUGCUUUUUAUUUUAAGAAAAGUGCUUGGAUUAUCUAAUGACAGAGAUUAUGAUACCAUAUGGAAAAGUAGAAAAAGGAAAAUGUGCUUGUUCUUUCUUCAUACAUACCUCCAUUGCUUCUCUUCAUGGUAGAAUUAAAUAAGUUUCCUGUUGGUGGA